UUAGCAAGGGGUUCUCUCGCCCUGGGCGCAUGGUUAGAGACGCUAACUUGGCAUUAUCUGAUUGGUUAAAACUUUAAGACAAAAAAAAAAUUCACGACUUUCUCUGUCUUUCUCGGAUCUUUCUCUCUUGCUCGACAGACGGUGAAGACGGCGAAAUCGAAGACAAACGCAGCGAUUUGCCUCAUCCGCCGUAUGGGUCAUGAAAUAAACUCGUCUUGAUCCAUCUUGAGCAUCAUAUCAACCUUGUUAGAACAUUUGCUCAGCUUGAGAGAGAGAGAGAGAGAGAGAGAGAGAGAGAUCGAGUACGGAGCUUGUUCUGAUCGUACCCUUCAAUUUGGUCUCUGUAUAUUUGUUGCAGCUGUACUGGGAAUCCCUGAUACCUUCCUUGGCACUUGUGAGUUUGUUUAGCGUGGAAGUAGCUUUUGUAGUGAAGGCAAAACCUCGAAAGAAAUUUUUAGGAAUUGAUCCAAAGUGGGGGGGAUUAAUGGGAACCAUAGACCUUAGAGCUGCUGCAGAUGGAAACUUGAUUGCGGAUCUUAGUAGUCAAGUUCACCAGCUCCCUUGCUGCAUUAGAUUCGAUGGUCCUGCUGAUGUUUCCCACUAUUUCAAGCCUAAAACCAGUGAGGUUGAAAUUGAUGGAGUAAGAACUGAAGAAGCUCAUUUUAGAGGAAGGAAGUUGCAAGGAGCAACUAUCUCACUCCCUAGUGGCUAUUCUGGUUUUGUGCUUGGACAAGCGAGUAACCUGAAUGCUAAUGGAAAGAGAAAAGCUUCUAGUAUCACGGAAGAGAACCCGUGUUGGGAAGCUAAGGCCAAAUUCGAUAACUUGACAUACUGGAAUCACGAUAAUCUCCCUUCAAAAGACGAUACUUUUGUGCGGUCUUUUCACUGGUUUAACAUUGCAGAAACGCUGCACAAGCCAGUGAAAGUUGAAGACUUGGUUGCAGCAGUCUCACAUGGUGGAAAGGAUCAACUAUGAAAGUGGCAUUAGAACGUUGAACAAAACAUCUAACCAAGUAAGAAGGUCACUUAAGAACGUUUGUUGAAAUAUAUAAUUCUCAAGGCUUGUUGGAUUAGUCCAUUUGAUGAUGAAAUGUGUUAUUUUCUGUAUAAUAUUUAAAUUCUAUGAUUUUGAAUUUUGUUUUUAAAAAAUGAA